AUUAUAAAAGUUAUAUUCWAAAUAUUACAAAAGGCAAAGGCUUUGAUUUUGUAGUUGCAAACUAUUCCAUCUUAGACAAUAUGGUAGAUUGUUUAGAUAUUGUUAAAACUUUAAAACAUUUAGUAAUGAUUUACGAUUGUAAAGGGCCUAGUUACAAUCCGAUACCACUAUCUAAUUUUAUACAAUCCCUAAGUAUAUACGACUACUGUUUACAAGACCUUAUUAAGUUGCCAGCGAAAAUUAAGAGAGAAGCAGCAGAUCUGGUGAGAACAGCUCUUAAAAUGGGCAGUUUAAAACCAAUUAUAUCACGAAGACUUUUUCUUCAAGGAGCAACAGAAGAAAGAAACAUUAAUGCUUGUGAACGUUAUGGAAAAAUUUUAGUCAACUUGCAAGAAGAUAAAACACUUUCCAAUUUCAUUCCUUAAUUUUGGUUCCAUAGCAAUAAAUGCUACCUCGUCAUAAAUGAUUAUAAUAUCUUUGGCAAAGUACUAAUCGAAUGAAUGAUCGA